UUCAAAUUCUUUAUAAGCUAAGCAAAUCCAUUCAAUUCUCUCAAAAGUUCUUAGAAAAUAUAUCAUGUUCAGCUUCCUGAGAGCAAAGAAAUCUAUACCAGAUGCUAUAUCUAUUGUGGAGCUUAGCGUUCAUAUGGACUGCGAGGGAUGUGAAAAGAGAGUAAGAAAAGCAAUCAAGAAGCUAGAUGGAGUUGAUAAUGUGGUGAUAGACAUGGAUACGCAAAAGGUGACUGUUACAGGAUACGUAGAUCAAAGGAGAGUUCUCAAGGCAGUGAGGAGAACAGGAAGGAAAGCUGAAUUCUGGCCACAUCCAUAUGAUGCAGAAUAUUACCCUUUUGCCCUUGCAUAUCUCGAGGAUUCGACCUACUCAUCAACACAUAACUACUACCAGCAUGGGUAUAAUUCGAGCGUGCAUGGCCACUUUCCGGAUCCUGCAUACUCAACGGUUGAUGACCAUGCCAUGGCUCUUUUUAAUGAUGAAAAUGUUCAUGCUUGUGUGAUCAUGUAGUAAUUAAUGUAGCUCAAAAAUCAUCGAUAGAUAAGAAAUGAAUAAAUGACCGGUAGGUUUCAUCUUCGUAUGCUUCAACCAUAAUUACAUGCCUGGAAGACCUGUAUUUUAUUUCCAAAGAAUUUAUUGACUACGAUAUGCAAUUUUAUCCAGCACAUCUCAUGGUUUCAGAUCAUUAUGUACCCUGUAC